CCGGUAACAUUCAAAUCUUCUGAAACUUACAUCACCUUGCCUACUCUUAAAGUACAGCAAGCUGGAGUCGUAAGCUUCAAGUUUAAAACCAUCAAGGACAAUGGUCUUAUGUUCUACAAUAAAGGAUCACCAACUGAACCUAACUUCGUGGCUAUUGAACUUUAUGAUGGUAAACUGUACUUUGUCUAUGACUUUGGAAGCAUUACUCGAAGAGUUCUCUUUUCACCAAGAAUUGUUUCGGAUGGACAACAGCAUGAGGUGCAGAUCAGGUUCUUUGGACGCCAUAUUGAUCUUCUAUUGAAUGGUGAAUCUAAGAGAAUUAAUUUUGUCAGUGGAGAAAAUUUGACUGAUAAUCUACGAGGUGCUUUCUAUGUGGGAGGUUAUGACAGUUAUACUACACUACCAUGGUAUGUCUGGUCGAGAGAAGGUUAUCAAGGUUGCAUCCAGGAUUUGAGAAUCAAUGGUAAACAGGUUGAUCUACAUGCCUUGGUCAAGGGCCAAUUCCUGUAUGGUAAAGUAGAAAGAAAAUGUCUUGAUAUGCCUCGAGAAUGUACCCAACUUCAACCCUGUAGAAAUGGUUUCUGUAUUGACUCCUGGGAUGGUUAUCGUUGUGACUGUAGAGGAACACGUUUUACUGGAAGAAACUGUGAAAAGAAUGCAUUAAUUGGUGCUUUAGAUGGUAAUCAAGUAGCUAUAGUAUCCAUUGAUGCUCCUCGGACUCACACUAAUGAUAUCUCAUUGAGAUUUAAAUCACCAUUGAAAGAUGCCUUAUUGUUCCAAACCUACACUGAUGUAUCCAAUGAAUACCUCAGAUGUGAAUUAGAAAAUGGUCGUAUAAAAGUUACCACAAAUCUCGGUGGUGAAACAAAGAACACUGAUAUCAAUUAUAGUAUCAAAUGUCUUCACAUGCAACAAACUUUCAGGAACACGAGGCAUAAAUUCAUCCGUGGGCUAAGCAUUUCAUAUUAUGCUGGAGAGAAUCUCAAUGAUUUCCAAUGGCAUACAGUAUAUAUUAACCGACGAGCUAACCAGAUAGAAGUUUGGGUUGACGAUGGUGAAAGAGUCACAGGUGAACUUGCUGGUGAAAGAUACUUUUUCGACAUUGGACAAAUAUUUGUUGGCGGUUUAACUGACGACAGAACUGCAAUUGGUGGUGAUGCCACUAAUUAUAUCGGCUACAUGCAAAGCUUUAUGUUCAAUGACGUCAGUGUUUUUGACACAGCAAAGAAACCACUGAGUUUCAACUUGACAGAUAUUACCACAUUACCUCCCUUGAUCUACAACCCGGUUACCAUCAAGACACGUGAACAUUACGUCCAGUUACCAACACUUAGAAUUCCACAGUCUAUGGUCAUCAACCUGAUGUUUAAAACCAAAGAAACCAGUGGUGUUAUACUGUUUAAUGGUGGUCGUAAUAAUGAAUUCAUUGCCGUGGAACUCUACAAUGGAUAUCUUCACUUCUCCUUCAAUACUAGCGACAGUGCUCCAGCUUUGCGUAUGAAUACACCUCAACCACUGAACGACAAUAAAUGGCAUACUGUAACAAUCCGUCGAGUUGACAACCGUCGUUUCAGUGUCAGUAUUGACGGUGCAUCUACCACUAUUGCAAGUGAAGGACGAGAUACCAGUAUUGACUUACAAGGUCCCCUGUAUAUUGGUGGAUUACCAGAGAACAUGUUUGAUAAACCAUACAUCAAUAGUGCUCUACUGUCUAAAAAUGGUUUCCAAGGAUGUUUGGCCUCCAUUGAUUUGAGUGGAGCUGUACCUGAUCUGUUACAAUACAGUCGAGGAUCAACUGAUAUCUCUACUGGAUGUACUGAAAUCCAGUCUAUCUGUGGACCAAAUACAUGUUCAAACUUCGGUACCUGUGUACCUGAUGGAGGUCUUUUCCGAUGCGAUUGUAACAUGACAUCUUAUGUUGGUACGAUCUGUAGCGAA